AUGAGCCACAUACGCGGUCUCGUCUCGCCGGCGCAGGCAUUGCGUCGGAUUUUCUUCACUCCCCUUCGCAUCUCACGGCCAACUUUCAUCCGCGCACCGAACGUCUCAAACGACCUCAAGUCACGCGGCUUCCACCAGUCCUCGGCCCUCGCCCGACCUGUUGUACGAACUCCAAACGCACCGACCGUCAUCAAGGAUGAAGCCAUUGGCACCCGCCUUGUGCAACUGGUCGACGAAGAUCAAAACUUGAUGCCGCCCCAAAGACUUGCGGAGGUGCUUGAAUCCUUUGAUCGCAGUAAAUUCUUCCUACUGCAAGUCUCGCCCGCCGACAGUGAUCGACCUCCCGUGUGCAAAAUUCUGAACAAAAUGGAAGCGAAACAGCAUGAAAAGGCCAAAGCGAAAUCUGCAAAGGCUCCGAAGGUUCAGACGAAGCAGAUCGAACUUAACUGGGCCAUCGACGCCCAUGAUCUGUCGCACCGCCUGAAACAGCUGACCAAUUUCCUGGAGAAGGGUCGAAAGGUUGAGGUCAUCAUGAAGCGCAAAAAGGCCAAGCGAGCACCUACUGUGGAUGAAAUCAAACAUGUCAUUCAAACUGUCCUAGAUACGACAAGAGAGGCUGGUGCUACGCAGGUGAAAGCUAUGGAAGGAGAACCCGGUAAACAGGUUAUUAUCACUGUCAAGAAGGAUUCCUCCUGA